AUGGAAUUUUUGUCAGUAAAUGAAUAAUCAAAAUAUGAUGCUCAUCAACAAUACCAACGAUAACCUGAUUAUUAGGAAGAUAAUUAAGGUGCUAUUUAACUGCAUAAAGGAUAAUUUAAGAUUAAAUUAAAGUAAGAUUUUUAUGUAAUAGAGUUCCUCCAAAAAAUAAAUGUUGUAACCUUUAUAAGAAAUUCAUCAAAUAAAUGCUUAAACCGAUAGGCAAUUAUAUUGUCGAUCCAAUAAUCUAAGUCAAAAAGGAACUCAUCUAAAAACUGAUAAUCACUUAGACAUAUUAAAAUCUACUUCUAUUCAAAGAAUAUUGAGUAAAAGGGAAGUCAAACCUAGAAUGACAAAGUAGUUGAAUGAGGCGUAGAACAAAUAAAAAGAACUUGAGCUCCUUUAAUUGAUGAUAAAGAAACAUAAAGAAAAUGUUUAAUAGUAUUUUCCAAAGAAGAAUAGAUACUUAAGAUGA